AAUAGACAUAUUUGGCACGAGAAUUAGAAGCUUCCAGACUGACUCUUAGAUUCUCUGGCUAUAUAUAAAUAAACACAAGGAGACCCUCCCCCUUUAUCUCUCACGCUCGCUCGCUGCACUCCGUAUUUUUUUUUAGAUUCUCUUCUCUCGUCAGUGGCCGUCAAAGAAGCUUCGGUUGUGUUUCCGCAAGAUUUACGUGUCUGAGAGCAUGGCUUCAAAUCAUCGUAUUGCGAGAGAGCUCAGGGAUCUGCAAAGAGAUCCCCCUUCAAACUGUAGCGCAGGUCCUGUGGGUGAAGACAUGUCCCAUUGGCAAGCAACUAUCAUGGGACCCCAUGACAGUCCGUAUGCCGGAGGAGUAUUUAUGGUCACCAUUCGCUUUCCUCCAGAUUACCCUUUCAAGCCACCAAAGGUUUCUUUCAUGACUAAGGUGUUCCACCCAAACAUCAAUAGCAAUGGAAGCAUUUGCCUUGAUAUCCUGAAAGAGCAAUGGAGUCCCGCUCUUACCAUAUCCAAGGUUUUGCUGUCGAUUUGCUCGCUGUUGAAUGACCCGAACCCGAAUGAUCCUCUUGUGCCGGAAAUAGCCCAGAUGUACAAGGUAGAUAAACGCAAGUACGAGUCGACUGCGCAAAGCUGGACACAGAAGUAUGCCACGGGAUGAAAAGACAGAGCAAAAAGGUUCUGUUAUUUUGCAUGGAAGUGGAAAUUUGAAGAACAAAAAACAUAUGAUUUUUUUGUUGGGGUUAUUAUUAGCAAACGAUAUUAUGUCAUCAUAAUCGAACAACUUAUUAGGUGAUCUUAAUUAUCUAUAUUCACCUGAUCUACAUUAUGAUUU